GACUCUUGUCCCAGAAGCAUGAAUUCUUGGCAUUCUCUGUGACGGGACAAGAUGGGGGCAGGGCAGAGGGUACAAGCCCCACCUAGGGCAGUGGCACAGCAGGAAAAGGGGCAGACAGAACCAGGAGCCCGGGAAGGAAGCAUGAUGCCAGCAGGGACAGCAGCGGGAGCCUGGGUGCUGGUUCUUGCUCUGUGGGGAGCUGCAGUUGGUGGCCAGAACGUCACAGCACGAAUCGGAGAGCCCCUUGUGCUGAGCUGUAAGGGGGCCUCUAAGAAGCCGCCUCAGCAGCUAGAAUGGAAAGUGAACACAGGCCGGACCGAAGCUUGGAAGGUCCUCUCCCCCCAGGGAGGCCCCUGGGACAGCGUUGCACGAAUCCUCCCCAACGGUUCCCUCCUCCUUCCAGCCAUUGGAAUUGUCGAUGAGGGCACUUUCCGGUGUCGGGUGAUCAACAGGCAUGGGAAGGAGGUCAAGUCCAACUACCGAGUCCGCGUCUACCAGAUUCCUGGGAAGCCAGAAAUUGUGGAUCCUGCCUCUGAACUCACAGCUGGUGUGCCUAAUAAGGUGGGGACGUGUGUGUCUGAGGGAGGCUACCCUGAAGGGACCCUUCGCUGGCACUUGGAUGGGAAACCCCUGACUCCUGAUGGCAAGGGAACAAUUGUGAAGGAAGAGACCAGGAGACACCCCGAGACAGGGCUCUUCACGCUGCAGUCAGAGCUGACAGUGACCCCAAGCCUAGGGGGAACCACCCAUCCUACCUUCUCCUGCAGCUUCAGCCUGGGCCUUCCCCGGCGCAGGCCCUUGAACACAGCCCCCAUUCAGCCCCGUGUCAAGGAGCUUGUGCCUCCAGAGGGGAUCCAGCUGUUAGUUGAGCCAGAGGGUGGAACAGUCGCUCCUGGUGGCACUGUGACCUUGACCUGUGCCAUCUCUGUCCAGCCCCCUCCUGAGAUCCACUGGAUAAAGGACGGCACACCCCUGCCCCUCGCCCCUGGCCCUGUGCUGCUCCUCCCUGAGGUAGGGCAGGAGGAUGAGGGUAUCUACAGCUGCGUGGCCACCCAUCCUAGCCUUGGGCCUCAGGAAAGCCACCCGGUCAGCAUCAGUGUCACAGAAACAGGCGAGGAGGGGCCAGCUGCAGGCUCUGUGGGUGGGUCUGGGCUGGGAACCCUAGCCCUGGCCUUGGGGAUCCUGGGAGGCCUGGGAAUAGCCGCCCUGCUCACUGGGGCCAUCCUGUGGCGAAAGCGACAAGCCAGAGGAGAGGAGAGGAAGGCCCCAGAAAACCAGGAGGACGAGGAGGAGCGCGCGGAGCUGAAUCAGUCAGACGAAGCCGAGACUGCAGAGGACGGUGCGGGAGGCCCUUAGGAGGGCCAGGCCGACCCUGUCCACCAGCUCCUCCGCCUUCCCCCCUUGACAACCCUCGCUCA